AUGGGGAGCUCUCUCGUUACAUUGGACUCGAGCCAAGAUAAGCACCAGCAGGAACACCCUCGCAGAUCGGAGUCCCAAGGGAGCUGGGACAUGGCCAUUCCGCCUCUGGGCGAGAGGAGAGUGCGCCGCAUGUAUGCACACGAGUGGCACAAACGCUCCCAGUCGGUCGUCCUGCCCGUCACUGCCGGUGCAUCCACAUCCACUCUCACAUCCACAUCCCCUCCAACCCUAUCCCCGUCCAGGACGAUGAGCACAGUGUGGUUGUGGCGUUUCAAGACAGCCACCACCGACCGGCCAACCAUACGAGCCUGCUGCACGCACAAGCCUUGA